AUGGCCGCUCGAGCAUCAAUCAGAGUUUCAAUAGCUUGGUCCGGCGCUGAUGCAAUCGAGGAUACCGAUACCCUCGUCAUGACCAUUGAUGGAUAUUCUCUUGAUCUGAGAGUAUUCGUCUCUGGGCCGGACACUGGCAGUAUCGACUGGUCCACCGUAGCUCAUGUUAGCGAAAUUGAGGGAUCUACCAAAGAGAAUCCCAUACUGAAAUGGGAUCACAUCAUCGAUAGUCGACCUGAAACAGAUUUGCCUGAUCAAGGAUCAUUCGCGACCCUUCCCAAUGGAGAUGUCACCGAGAUUGGAACGAUGUUUAACCCCAAGACUAACGACUAUGAGCCAUAUGUGGAGACUUGGCGUCGACUGCAAUUACCUACCUCGGCACCAUACCUUGUUCUCCAAAGAGAUGAGAGUGAACAAGUGGAUGGGCCCAAAGUUCAAGCCUUUUUGGGAAGAGUGGGAGAACAUGCUUUGGGAUUGGCCAAGACUUCUGAUGGGAGUUUUUUGGCAUGGAGGGAUAGGGUGGAAGACGGACAAUGGAAAAGAGUCUAUCAGUUUGGAUCAAAUACGGAAAUGCUAAAGGAAUGGCUGCCAAGUUUGCCUAUAGACACGUCAGAAGAAUGGUCGAAAGGAAAUACAGUACAACUAGGAAGCGGAAAGUGGGAAGUUAAGACUGUGGGUAGCCUAUAG